AUGGAGUUGUCAUCAAACAGCCAGUGUAAAUUUCAUAAGGUUGAAGAGAGACAGAAUUGGGGUAAAAAGAUGGAGUUUAUGCUUGCAAUCAUCGGAUACGCUGUAGGACUUGGAAAUGUAUGGAGGUUUCCCUAUUUGUGUUUCAGGAGUGGUGGCGGAGCAUUCCUCAUUCCAUUCUUCAUCAUGCUAAUUCUGUGUGGGAUUCCCCUGGCUUACAUGGAAAUGGCUGUCGGUCAGUACACAAGACAGGGACCUAUUGGAGCAAUUGGGAAGCUGUGUCCAUUUUUUAAAG